UAUAUGUGCGUUAUAUUCAAAAUUUAUCGUUAAUAAAUAAUUUAUGAUCUUAUUAUAAUUAAAUUGAUCAUUGUUAAGAUUGAUAGAUCAUCAUUAUACUCGUCGUGAUUGUUAUUAUCAUCAUCAUCAUCAUCAUCGGUUUUGGAAUAAGAAGGAGUUUUCAAAUAAGCCACGCCUACAUCACUUUCGUUAACCAAUCACAGAUAAAUUCUGUACGAAGCUGACUUGAAAUUUUUCAACUCUUCAAGAAAACCUGGCUUCUCUUACUCUGGCUAAGUUAAGCAAAGCAAAACGUUAGGAUUACCCUUAUGCACUUUCACUCAGUGAUCAUAAUCAUUUCGUGCGUGAUUAAUACAUAGAUCGAUGUUCAUUUAACAAAUUAAUCGUAAUCGUUUUGUUCUGUGUUAAAUAGUGAUGGAAAAGAUUGAUCGUUUUUAUCGACCUUGUAUCAUUGUAAUUUAAUUAUUUUAAAACCAUGAAUACCGAAAAUACUAAUAUCUUAGAUAAAGUUAAUCGUCCUAAGGUAUUGAAAUUUGGCGUUGAACGUAUUUUGUCCAAUGAAUUUUCUUCGAAGAGGACAGCAAUACGUCCAAAUCCGACAUCGAUGAUUCCAUCUCAAGAUAUAUUGAGACCACUGGCAGUACAAUUUUCCACGGUGGCAUGUCCUUGUCCCGGAAGUUGUACAAGUUGCGAUCUUCGUACAAGUUCCGUUUAUCCCUUCAGACAAACUCCAAUCGAGACUCAAACAACAAUGAUUAAUUAUCAAAGAAAUCAUUCCGACAAUUAUGGAAAUUUAUAUCGACCAGCUGCUAUCCGUGCUAUAUCAAGAGUGACAACUACGACGGCAUCGUCGAAUAUCGUCAACAACAACAUGGAAACGAAUGCCAGAAGAAAAAGAUCUUGGUCCAGAGCUGUGUUUAGUUCGUUGCAAAGGAAAGGCCUUGAGAGGAGAUUUUCAUUGCAAAAAUAUAUCACCAAACCCGACAGAAGACAAUUGGCUGCUACCUUGGGAUUAACAGAUGCUCAAGUCAAAGUUUGGUUUCAAAAUCGUCGAAUGAAAUGGCGGCACACCAAGCAAGGUGAAAACAAUAAUUCAUCUAUAGCCGAUCCGGACUCGACUCAAAAAGAAAUCCCAACAAAAAUUGUACAAAACGCGACGACAACAAAAAUUGUCGAAGGAAAAACCACUCUUUCCGAAGACGAGGAAGAUAUCGAGAUACAAGUUGACGUAUAAUAAUAAUAACUAUAAUCGGAACAAUUAUUUGUUACGAUGAACAUUUUUUUCUAAUCUUUUUAGACUUUUAUUUCGACCAAUUUAAGGGUCGUACGUCUUAACGAUACGAAAACAUUUCCUAAGAAAAGGAUUAAUUUAACGUAAUAGAAAAUAAAUAAUAAUUAAUGAUUUUGAAUUAGAAAAAAAAGAAGAUUAGAAAAAG